AUGCUCAUGAGCGAUGGACUGCUGCGCGUAUUUUGGCCGUAUGAUCUUCCGCGCUCCUCGAAUCCCGGUGUCAUUGUUGGAUGGCGGAACUCGGAGCUGGAUUUGUUUGUGAUUGCUAUUUUGGAGGAUGUAGAGCCUCGAAAUGUGGACAAUGCUCUACGUGCAGGGAUCCUCUUUCGCAACAGUCCGCAUCCCAUUGCAAGAUUAUUUAACCUCUGCGGGAGGUCUGCUAUGCAUGUCCUGGGGUCGAUAAAUCCAAAAUCGCCGCCGACAGCGUUUAACCCCUCUCACCUCUAUGUCACCACGAACAACACAAGGAGGGUCCCGAGGAUUUUCUGUCCACCCGAGGCCAAUUUGUCUGUCCAGAUCAUCAUGUUUCACCGCCCGCACCCUACGAAGAUGGAGUACAUGUCGCUGAACCCGAUUUCUCUUGCCCUCACUGACAAGUCGUCGGCCGCCGGGAAAGGGGAAACUAUAAUGGAUAGCAUAGAUACGGAAGAGGAGAGGGACAAGAUCCGCGCCCGCAAACUGGUUGAUAAGCUCAAGUUUCAUACCGUUGUCAAACACAUUCCGACGCAGAAGGAGCUUGUGCUACCCCUUAUAAUCAACCAGAUCAAUUGCGCCUAUGAGAUGGAGAGACUUAUGGAGAAGAAUAGCCAUUUGAUUGGGACUCGCGUCAAACGGAGUUUGAGUGUUGGGGAGAGAGUCGUUGAAUCGGCGACGACAAUAUGGGACCUUUUCAUCUUUGGAAUAUCCUACGUGCUUUGGCGCUGGAUCUGGCCCGUCGUCACAAGAGUCUUUGUCAUCGGACUCGUAUGUCAUCGUUCGAUUGCCGAAUUUGUCCUGCAGGUUUUGGAGUGGCGAGCACACCCUGAUGCGGCUGCGUUAAAAGAUAUAUCUGCGACGGCCCAACAGGUUGAUAUUCGUCUUCAGCAAUUCUGCUAUUGGCCUAUUCAAUAUGCCAAGUUGCGACAACGGAAGGACAACUGGGAGAGUGUCACGACCAGUCAUCCAGAUUAUAUCCGAUUUUAUAACAGUCUGUGGCUGGUCGCCAAUGAUGUGAUAAUUGGCAUCGCACUGGGAUCGUACAUCAUCGACAACGCUAACUGGGUGGCAUAUCAGAUCAACACUGCUCUCACUGGCUGGACUGUGGAAGGCCUGCAGCGUACGAUCUCUUGGCUGAUGGACUGGCCGGCUGGUCUCAAAUUGAAUAACGAACUCGCAGCUUUCUUGGGUGACCUCUUCUUAUGGGUCAUCGAGAACUGGGCAGCCUUGAUUGCGAAUCUCCAACCCUACCUCCAACAGAUCAUCUACGUCGUAGGAUGUUCUAGCUUCGCAGGAGCAAGCAUGCCGAUUGCACUUUUCUCCGACCUCCUCUCCAUCCUAACUGUACACAUCUACUCCUUUUACAUCGCAUCCGCGCGCAUAUUCAAUUGGCAGCUUAGUAUCAUCAUCUCACUUUUCCAUCUUUUUCAUGGAAAGAAGCGCAACGUGCUUCGUAACCGAAUUGACUCGUGCGAUUAUGACCUCGAUCAACUGCUUCUCGGCACAAUUCUGUUCACGCUUCUAUUUUUCCUGCUUCCUACGGUCAUCGUGUUCUACUUGACUUUCGCUAUAGCCCGGAUGUUGAUCAUAUCGUUGAAGGCGACGUUUGAUACCUGUCUGGCAUUUUUAAACCAUUUCCCGCUGUUUGCGCUAAUGUUGCGAGCGAAGAACUCUCGACGGUUACCAGGUGGAAUUAUGUUCGAACUCCGGGAAGAGAGCGACGGGUUCUUUUAUUCGAACGGCGAUUCUCCUGAAACGACAUCUUUCAUACACCUGGAGUCUAUCCCACUCUCCCUCCGCGCAAUGUUCGAUCAAUACUUCCAGCUAGCUCACCGUCUUCGAAAACACUACCUUUCCCCGCGCGUCAUCUUCUGUCUUGUUACCGGCCAAUUCGUUCCGCCCAUCCACCGCCGCAACCUAUACAGUUUGCAAUAUAGCAUGCUGCCGGCCCAUCGAGCGGGCAUGGCAGAGGUAUGGACACUUCUCACCAAACCUAAAAAGAGUGGUGGCGGUAGCAGUGGUUCUGGAUCGAUGGUCGGUGGGAUUGGGGCAACCACUAAUGGCCUGCUGAAGGUCCCUCCUGGAUUCGCGCAGGGAGAUCUUAGAAGGAGGGGACAUCGAUGA